AUGGAUAAUCAAAAACAACGACCGAAAGUAUUAAUAACAAAUACUGGAGUUAGUCAAGAAGCCAUAGACUUAUUAAGGAAAUACUGUGAUGUCGUUGUAAACGAAAUUCCAACUAGAGAUGCCAUUUUGUCAAAAGUCAAAGGAGUAGAUGCAAUUUUUGUUAAGAAACCUGCAGUAAUAGAUAAAGAAGUUUUGGACGCAGCAGGAUCACAGUUAAAAGUAAUAAGUCUUCUGUCUCGUGGUAUUGAUUCAUGUGAUACCGAUGAAAUAAAGAAAAGAAACAUUAAACUGACUCAUUUACACAAUGAGAACGCUAUUACAGUCGCCAAUUUUGCCGUAAUGUUGCUCUUGGCUGCUUCAAGGAGAUACCAUGAAGGUCGAUUAGGCAUAGAACAAAAUACAUGGGUACGAGCAGAUAGACAAUGGAUGCUGGGGUACGGUUUACAGAAAUCAACUGUGGGAAUUAUUGGAUUGGGUAAUAUCGGACAAGCAAUAGUAAAGAGGCUAAUACAUUUUGAUGUUAAAAGAUUUUUAUACACAGGCCCUAAAGAAAAGAAAGAAGGAAAAGAACUUUCUGUCGAAUUCGUUUCUUUAAAUACUCUAUUAGAAGAAAGCGAUUUUGUAAUCAUGGGAUGUCCAUUAAAUAAUGAGACUAAUGGUAUGUGUAACGCUGAGUUUUUUUCUAAAAUGAAGAGGAAAGCCGUGUUUGUAAACGUGUGCAGAUCAGGCCUAGUUGAUCAGCCAGCCUUAAUACAAGCACUUAAAAGUGGUGACAUAUUUGCUGCAGGAUUAGAUGUUAUGACACCGGAACCAUUACCUGUCGACCACGAACUUUUGAAGUUGCCCAAUGUUGUUUUAACGCCACACGUAGCAUUCAAAACAAGAGAUACCAUGAAACAAAUGUCAGUAAAUACCGCUGUCCGCCUGUUGACAGAAUUAAAUGUCCAAAUGUAA